UCUCUGAGUACAUGCAAUCCACUGGUAGCUGAUUUGAAAAAUCCCUUUGCCCCGUUUUUUAAAUCCUCUCCUCCUAUUUGGGAAACUACCAAAUCUGUUUGACAUUGUACGUGACAUGAGAUAACUUUUGGAAUUCCUUUUUUCUAAAGGACUGUUCCUGUUUUCUUACUGAUCUUUAAGACAGUGUUUUCUUCUUUUUGAGGUGGUAUAUUGUUUUUUGUUUAUAAAAUGGUCCAAAGGCAAGUUUUGGAAAGAGUGAUGUGCUCUUGUGCCUAUUUGCAGGCCAACUAUAAAUAGUCCAGGAGCCUACGCAUGCUCAUGUUUGAUUGGAAAUUGCUGUGCCUUAAGUCAGUGCUGUGGGGUAUCUGUUAAAGGACGGAAUGAAACUUCUGAAUGCUUGUAUUUUUCUCUGAAGAAAGCCAUAAAUCAACUAACAACAAAACUUCAAAACUUUUUCUCCUGGACAACUUUUUUUCUUGAGUAUAUCUUUAUCUGAAGGAAAAUGGAUUCACGGAGGAUGACAACUCGGUCCUCUUCCUCUUUUGGGAAUGGAAGGUCCAGCAAUGGCAAUGAUGUCAGUGGGAGCAGCCGGCCUGGUGGCUACAGCUACCUCUCCAGCGUGAGGCCAGAAAACAGGAGCACGCUCUGCAGUGUGAUGGCACAAUUAACUGAAGAAACGCAGCCCUCCUUUGAAACUACCCUCAAGUCAAAAGCUGUGUCAGAAAAUUGCAAUGUCAAGUUCUCCUGUGUGGUUACAGGAUACCCUUCCCCUCAAGUUACAUGGUAUAAGGAUGACAUGCAGUUGGACAGAUUCUGUGGACUGCCUAAAUAUGAAAUAUUCCGCAAUGGACAAAAUCAUUCCCUGCACAUUUACAAUUGCACUGUGGAGGAUGCAGCUAUUUACCAGGCCUCAGCCAUCAACACUAAGGGCAUUGUGUCUUGCUCUGGGGUUCUGGAGGUGGGAGAAAUGAACGAGUUCAAAAUCCACCAGCGGUACUUUGGCAAGCUCAAACUGAAGGCCGAGAACAGACGCAAGGAAGCAGAAGGUAAAGAAAACCAGGAGCCACUACGAACCAUCAGUCCAGAACGCACCCAGAGGAAACGCCGCUCGACAAUGGAGGCUUUUCUCAGCACACCGAGCUCCACGGAGGACGAGAGCAAUGAGGAAAACCAUCACACUGUGGCUUUAGAAACUGAGUCCAGGUUACAGGAGGCCAGUGUGGAUGAAGUUGAAGAAAACCCAGUCUCAGCCACUAAUGGAGCAGUGUCAGCUUUAACUAAUGGACAGGCCACCAGUGACAGUGGCAGUAAGGGAGGAACAUACAUUUAUGAUUCUGCCCAGAAGAUUUUCACCGCACACCAACCAAAAACUCCUUUUAUCAAGAAGAAGAUUAAAAUUUCCAACAGUGCAAAAGUUGCAAAAGCAGAUAAUCUGGGAGAAAGGGUGUCUGGGGAGAGAAGGACAAAAGAUGAGACUUCACCCACUGUAGCUUCAGUCUGCACAGAGGCAGCAGAGUCUCAGGGCAAUUCAGAAGAGGUUAUGGAAGUAGAGAGCACUGUUAAUCCAUUCAUUAUGGAAUUAGGGGUUAGAAAUGUUCAAAAAGAACAUCAGAAAUCAGCAACAGAGGAAUCAAUGCUUGCUGACAGGCCUUCAAAAGAUGUCAACAUAUGCACUGAGGUUACUGCGUCUUCACAGAAUAAAACCUGUACUGCUCUUACAUCUGCAAGUUCUACUGCAUCAGGAGGUGAAGAUAAAAGAGUUGCAAAACAUGAAAAAGACGCUGGAUGCAAAGAUAAAGAGGGACAUUUGAAGAUUCAAAACCAAUAUCUUUACAGUUCCUCAACACAGCCACAGUUAAGUGUUGCAUCAACGCUCCGAAGCAUGUUAAAGGAGGACGUUCAUACAACAGAAAGUGUUACAGCUAUGGACGUUGAUGUGAAGUCUAAAGCGUCCUCUGAUGGAUCUUUAAUGCACAAACACAGUGAGUCAGUGGAUUCACUGAGAGGCAGUCGGACUGCUUUGCCUCAAAGUCCAUGUGAACCAGCUGCAGAUCAGCUGUCUGACAAGGAAACGAGCCCCAGCCGGAAAAAUGUGUCUCAGCCAGCCCUGCCAAGUGAGGUUACACAGGUCCAUACAAAGAUGAACAGGAAUGAUGCACCUGUCAGCCUUGAGCUACCACCCGACCGGCGUACAAUCGGCUCACAACCGCCACAAAAGACUCCAAUAAAAAGCCAGACCACGACAGAUGGCAUCCAGACCUCUUCUGUGCAUAGUGGUCGUCAAGCAGCCAAUGACAAAAUGUCGCCGGACACAUAUGAUCAUUCCAGGGAAUCAAAUGAAAGUCAUACGGCCCUUUUUACACACCUGCAGAAGUCACCACUCGAAAGCCCCGGUGGUGGUGGUGAGGACACCCAAUGGUGUAACGUUUCAUCCACCAUCCUGCAAAGCCAAGUUGAUACAGCUAUAAAAACUGUUGAAGAGACAGAAACACAAGAUGAUGAGAAGGUAGAGGGUAAUGAGGUAGGUAAGUUAUUGGUACAGGCUGAAAAUGUGGCCCCAAAUGAGAAGGCAGCUGACAUGGAGACUGAAACCGUUGCUCUACGUAUGACUGAGCAAACAAAAACAGAAAAGACCAAAGAUGUAGAGAAGAAAGACACUGGUUUAAUUGUUGUGGAUGGUUCUUAUAAAGAAACUGAGAAGAAGGAACCCAUGUCAAAAGUAAAGGAGAAAACCUGUUCAGAAUCACAGAGUCUGAAGUCCGAUAAAUUUGAGACUGCUCUCCUACACCUAACAAAAUCUCCAGAAAAGACAGAUUCAUUGGAACAUAUGUUAGGUUUCCAAGAAAUUCCAAAACCUAUAACAAAAGUCAUAUCUAUUGCUGAACUUUUAAGAUCACAAAUAAAGGCUCUUGAAUCCACACUAGCAAAUUCAGGGUCAAUUAUACCAGCCCAUGCUAAUUUAAUACAGGAUCCUACUACAAUAGCUACAGAAACAUAUCAGAAAUUAAGGGAUGGUGACAGAAAAUGCAAACUGGAAGCAAAGAAGUCGGUGUCUGACGGGGAAACUGAGACGAGUAUUGACAGUCCUCCUACAAAUAUAAAGGCAACACUUAUGGAGGUUUAUCAUCAACUAAACAAAGCUGGUCAGGUACAAAUUCAGUGCCAAGAUGGAGCUUCACCACCUGUUCAGGCUUUGCAAGAACCUCUUGUGAUCCCUCCUAUCUCUGUCAUAGACACUGGCACGACUACAGACAUGAUGGGACUUCAUGGAAGUGUCAAAAAAUAUAAUGAGGGUCAAAUGGACAUUGGUCAGGAAACUGAAGCAUCAACCCCAGUUCCUCCAAAAGACCACUCUGUUGCUGUUCCCCCUUCUGGAGGUAAAAAUGUAAAACACAGUUUUCCUCCUUUGACUUCUAAGGACGAACUGACAAGCAGACUUCAAACAGUUUCAAAUCUAUCUGGAACUGUCACUCAGGAAUCUAUGCCUCCUCUUACAGUGACACAUAUGAAGGCUGGUUUUCAAGAUCUAAAUGUUACAGCUUUGGAGCAAACCAAAGAUGAACCUAUACAAGACAAAGACAUUGGUUUCACGCAAAAGUCAACUCCUGAAAUUAAACUCAACAGCAAAACAGAAAGGGGGAUUACAGAAAUUAAUUUGACAACACUUUCAGGUCAGUGCAAAAUGGAAGAACCCAGUUCAACAACUCCUUUGCAGAGUGUACCAAAGUUUCCUCCCAACAGUUUAUUUAGCGCUGGCCCACAGCAGAGUAAUCUUCAGCUUAUUCAGCAGGACAGCUCUAUGAUUGAGGAAUGUUUAAGAUCUGACUCCUUAACCACCCCAGCCCCUGAGCCUAGUCCAUUGUUAAAGAAAAGAAACUGUGUUUCUCCCAUCCCUUCUGCUACACCGCAAGAGCUAGCCUUGGGGGCACGCCGUAAAAUCCCAACAUCCAAGGUCAAACCUGAGGAGGGCACAGACGCCACAUCACCAGUAGAUAACCACACUCUGAAAAAUGAGGUACCUACACAGAGCAGCAAGGUUUCCACAAGUCCGGUUACCCUCUCUGUGUCUCCAAGCCUAUCUCGACGGUCAGCUCUACCUCAGCCUGCUGGUGAACAAACCUCACCUGUAGAAAGGCGUUCUCCUCUCUUGAGCAGAAGAAAGAUGGCAUCAGACACUCAAACACCAAGUCAGCUGCCCACUGAGGAAAUCCUGCCUGAGGGGAAACCUGCAGAGAAGGACAAGUAUAACCCAUUCAAAGCUCCUCAAGUUAUCCGUAAGAUCAGGGGUGAGACUUUUGCAGAUGCCUCAGGUCACUUGAAACUGUGGUGCCAGUUCUUCAAUGUUCUGAGUGACUCUACUGUCAGAUGGUACAAAAAUGAGGAGGAGAUUAUCGAAGUUAAACGAAAUUCAGGGGAUGAAACUCAGGUCAAUCUUGCCAUUGUUCAGGCUUCAAGCAAAGACUCUGGUGUUUACAAAUGUUCAAUUACAAAUGAAUAUGGAACAGACUACACAGACAUCCUACUUAGUGCAGAGAUUAUGGCUGGAAUGUCUCUACGUGAAGACCUUGGCGUUGGAGAGGAAAUUGAAAUGACACCACUGAUAUUCAACAAGGGUGUCGCAGAUUCUGGUGCCUGGGGCAACAAACUCUUUGGCCGUAUAAUGAUGAAGGAAUCUCAGAUUGGAGAUGGUUGUUCUCAUAAAGUCUGGCGGGCAAAAGUCAUUUACGGUCUGGAGCCUGUGUUUGAGUCUGGUCAUACAUGUAUCAUCAAAGUACGUAACCCCAUCACCUAUGGAGGCAAAGAGGAGAGCUGUCUAGUAGACAGGAACCUGGAUGUCAUGAAGCAGGAGUGUAAAAUUCAAAACUUGGCUCGGGAAUACUGCAAAAUCUUCUCAGCAGAGGCAAGAGUUAUAGAGAACUUUGGGCCCUCUCUUGAGGUUAUUCCAGUCUACUUGAUGUACCGGCCAGCAAACACUGUCCCCUAUGCCACAGUGGAGACUGAUCUGACAGGAGUGUUUCAGAAAUAUUCUAUCCUGGAUCAUACAGGCAGAAUAGAAAUGAGAGCUGGCUCUGAGGUGGAGCAGAAGUGUUGUGCCCUGCAGCACUGGAUCUUUCAGUGGACUAAUGGCAAUCUACUACUCACUCGGCUAGAAGGUGUUGACACUAAGAUCACCAAUGUUGGAAUUUCAGUCAAAUCCACUGGGCAUCAAGGUUUAUCUGUUGAAGGGAAUCCCAAAGUUUUUGAGCAGUUUGUCUCGCAGCACAAGUGUAACUACUUCUGUGGUUUGCUCGGCCUGAGGUCGCUAAAGGUCAUGGAUUCCUUAAUGAUGCCAGCGAAGCCAAAAGGCUCCAGGAGCCCUUUGCUUCAGCGCAAGAUUGCUGCUGGCUCCUCCAGCCCUCAGACUGGCAGGAAAGCUGGCAGUAGCCCCAGGAUGCCCAGGAAGGCUGAGCAAGAUAGCAGGAAUACCCCCACGAAACCAAAAACUGCUGACGCUCCCAAAAUGGAUAAGAUGGCAUAAAUGGAAUAUCGCUUACUUGUACUUGAGAGGUCGUGCAUAUUUACAGAAAUCUCAGGAGGAGACGGAGGAAACACAGAAGACUACUGGCUCCUAAGUAUAAAACCUUACAGAGGAAAGAGUUUUAUACUUAAUACUACUUAAUAAUGUAAUUUUAACAGCCAGCAUUCCUUGCCAUGAUGCCAUGAUGACUUCAUAUGCUGAGGUCUCGUGUUCUAUUGUAUCCUGCAUUCAUGUUCAAUUCCUAGAACUGAGGCUGUUGUGUAACAAGAAGUAGUGUUCUUCCUGGUCAGUCUGAUACAGUGGGUCACAGAUUGUGGAUCAUCACAUCAGUGUAUCUGUACUAAAUGAAUGUAAUACAUUUUGGACUGAAGUAUUGUCAGCUGUUUGCAACAUUUUUAACACUACUCUUUUGUAGUUUUCUAUGUCAAUUCAAGGAGAAACACAACCUAGAUAUAGUGUAAGUCCUAUGGUCAUACAGCACAUGUUUAGCUUUGGGAGUAAUUCACCAGUUUUAUCUUUCAGGAAUGAAUAAAGCCAAAUGUAGCUUCACACGACACUGUUGUACAGUGGCUGAUGGUGCUGUGGUUUUGUAUUUUAACCUGACCUGUUUACUUGCUGUUCUACUUUGCACUGCAUUUUUAGAAACUGCACCUUGGAAUGCAACUGGCUGUACAAUAAAACAUUAGAAAAUA